AUGGCAGGAGAAGGUCGGGGUUUGCGAACACCGCUGCUCGAGAGCGGAGACUAUAGUCAUACGCAUAAAACAGCGACUCCUCGUUGCUGCCUGUGGUUAGCUAGCCAUGUCAAUGUGAGGAAGUGCGUAGCCGGCAUUAUGCUGCUAACCGUCCUUACCAUACUCUUCUACACAUAUUAUGUGACCAUGCCCCUAACAAGUUUGGUGUGGCGCGACCGGGUGCCACGGCCAUUGUCACAAUGUUCGUUGCUUGCAUCGCAGCAGCAAACUGCACGCGAUCAUCGCUCGGACGCGCGAUUACGGAUCGACGCCAAAGUACUUGUGAUAGCGGAAUCUCUAUAUUCACGGCUGGGACGUGACAUCGCUGAACUACUUGUCGCCAACCGAAUACGGUACAAAGUGGAAGUAGCAGGCAAAAGUCUACCAGUACUUACCACUUUGGACAAGGGGCGAUACGGCGUGAUUGUAUUUGAGUCGCUGUCGAAAUAUGCAAAUAUGGACAAAUGGAAUCGAGAACUUCUCGACAAAUACUGUAGAGAAUAUUCAGUAGGGGUCGUCGGGUUUGCAACGCCAGGAGAAGAGAGCCUUGUUGGGGCUCAACUGAAAGGAUUCCCACUCUUCAUGCAUACCAAUUUACGGCUCAAGGAUGCUGCUCUAAAUCCAGCGUCACCCGUAUUACGAUUAGCUCGGGCGGGUGAAACCGCUUGGGGAUCGUUGCCUGGCGAUCAUUGGACCGUAUUCCGAGCUAACUCUUCUACAUAUGAACCCGUGGCUUGGGCGUUACGAGAAAACGAUUAUGGAUCCAAUGAAGACCGAAUGCCAUUAGCGACGGUAGUACAAGACCACGGACGUUUGGACGGCGUCCAAAGAGUUUUGUUCGGAUCCGGACUCCAGUUCUGGUUACAUCGGAUAUUGUUCCUGGACGCUUUGAGUUAUCUCAGCCACGGCCAGCUCAGCUUGAGCCUCGACAGAUGGAUUCUUGUGGACAUUGAUGAUAUCUUUGUUGGGGAACGAGGUACACGUCUACACGAAGAGGAUGUGUCGGCAUUGUUAGCUUCACAAGCUGCGUUACAACGGCUGGUUCCGGGAUUUCGUUUUAAUCUUGGUUUUAGUGCCAAGUAUUAUCAUCACGGAACUGAUUUGGAGAAUCGAGGAGAUGACGCCUUGUUGAAGAGCCGGGAACAUUUUAAUUGGUUUUGCCACAUGUGGAAUCACCAGCAGCCUCACUUAUACAACAAUGUAUCUCAACUCGAAACUGAAAUGAUGCUGAACAAGCAGUUCGCAAUCGAGCACGGAAUACCAACUAAUUCCUGCUAUUCGGUAUCGCCUCAUCAUUCCGGCGUGUAUCCGGUGCAUGAACCGCUAUACGAGGCAUGGAGGAAAGUGUGGGAUGUUAAAGUAACGAGUACAGAAGAAUAUCCUCACUUGCGACCGGCCAGAUUACGGCGUGGCUUUCGUCACAGGGACGUAAUGGUAUUACCGCGUCAAACAUGCGGUCUCUUCACGCAUACACUUCUGCUAGAGCGGUAUCCAGGUGGCAGACAACGUCUCGACCGUUCCAUACAAGGCGGAGAGUUGUUCCAAACCGUCAUUAAUAACCCGAUCAACGUGUUCAUGACUCAUAUGUCAAACUACGGGAAUGAUCGUUUGGCAUUGUACACGUUCGAGUCUGUAGUAAAGUUUCUUCGAUGUUGGACAAAUGUUCGUCUCGCUUCAGCGCCGCCCCUCGCACUGGCUGAAAAGUACUUUCGAUUAAGACCUGACGAAUUAAAUCCUUUAUGGGGGAAUCCGUGCGACGAUAUCCGGCAUCGUAGAAUUUGGUCGAAGAGUAAAUGGUGCGAUACGUUACCGAAGAUCUUGGUAAUAGGACCGCAGAAAACAGGCAGCACAGCGUUAUAUACGUUCCUGGCGAUGCAUCCAACUUUAGUGCCCAAUUUGCCAAGUCCGACGACUUAUGAAGAAUUGCAGUUCUUCAAUAACAACAACUAUUUGAAAGGACUGGAUUGGUACUUAAACUUUUUUCCACCGAGUCAGAGCAACUCCACGCAAAUAACAUUUGAGAAAUCAGCAACUUACUUCGAUGGAGAUCUAGUGCCAAGACGAGCUCAUGCUCUACUGCCGAACGCGAAGAUCAUUGCUAUCCUGAUAUCACCAUCGAAAAGGGCGUAUUCGUGGUACCAGCACAUUCGAUCGCACGGAGACCCCAUAGCGAAUAACUACACCUUCCACACUGUCAUCACAGCCAACGAUUCAUCACCGAAACCUUUACGAGAUCUCAGAAACCGCUGUCUGAACCCGGGCAAGUACAGCCAUUACUUGGAAAGAUGGUUAGCGGAAUACAGCUCGCACCAAAUGCACAUACUCGAUGGAUCGCUACUCCGCUCAGAGCCCGCCGCCGUCAUGAACACACUGCAAAAGUUCCUUAAAAUACCACACUUGGAUUACAAUAAAUUGCUCAAAUACGACCCAAAGAAGGGUUUCUUCUGUCAAGCAAUAAGUAAUGAAAAAACGAAAUGCCUCGGAAAAUCGAAGGGCAGAAUUUAUCCACCUAUGGACGAUAUUUCAUCGAAAUUUCUCAAGAAAUAUUACACUCCACAUAAUACCGCGCUGUCGAAGUUAUUGGUUAGGUUGGGCCGUCCAGUUCCUCAGUGGUUAAAAGACGAACUAUCAAACGGA